GUCACAUACAUAUUUAGCGCUGUUGGUAAAAUUUACGUUCGCCAAUUCACCAAGUGAAAUGAAAGGUUUCGAUCGAGAGUAAAGCCUGAGGUCCAUUCAUUUUGUCAUUAGAAACUUAGUCGAUAGACAUAGCCUUGAGCGCGGUGUCGCUUUCUGUUAGAAUUAUAUUUUUAUUUGAUCUUAUAUUAUGGCAGAACACAAUGAAAUAUUGUUGAAAAAAAUUCAGGAGCAAGGAGAUUUAGUGAGAAAGCUGAAAGCAGAAAAGGAAUCAACCGAGAAGGUUAUAAAUGAAUAUUCUAUUCAAGAUCUCGGAGAAUUUGAUAAAUAUAUUUCCCAGUACAGUUAUAUCAAUGGGUAUACGCCUAGUAGAUUAGAUUUCGAAGUUUAUAAUAAUCUAAAAAAUGUAGAUUUAAAGAGAUAUUCAUACGUUAAGCGAUGGUGGUGCCAUAUGAGGAGUUUCAGCAACUCUGAAAUAACGCAACUUCCUUUUAUGAAACCUCCAGAUGCUGUAAAAUUAAUUUUAAAUUCCAACCAGAACCAUGACCAAAAGAUUAAAGAAGAAGUAGCUAAGUUAUUGGCUUUAAAAGCUCAGCUCUCCAAUGAUGCCCCUCCACAAAAGUUUGUACUCAAGACUCCUAAAGGUACGAGGGACUACAACCCUCAACAGAUGGCGAUAAGGAAUAGCGUUUUGCAAAAAAUUAUAUCAGUAUUUAAGAAACAUGGUGCAGAAUGUAUCGACACCCCCGUCUUCGAGUUAAAGGAAGUGUUAACUGGCAAAUACGGCGAAGACUCAAAGUUGAUUUAUGAUCUGAAAGACCAAGGCGGAGAGAUACUUUCAUUGAGGUAUGACCUCACCGUCCCACUCGCAAGAUAUCUGGCUAUGAAUAAGAUUAAUAACUUGAAGAGGUAUCACAUCGCUAAAGUGUACAGGAGAGACAACCCGGCCAUGACGAGGGGUAGAUAUAGGGAGUUUUAUCAAUGUGAUUUUGAUAUAGCCGGCCAGUUUGACCCCAUGGUGCCGGAUGCGGAAUGUCUUAAAGUAGUCACCGAGAUAUUGGACUCUUUGGACAUUGGCAAGUACAUGCUGAAGGUGAAUCACAGAUGUCUACUGGACGGCAUGUUUGAAGCUUGCGGUGUACCAGCAGAGCAGUUCCGCUCUACAUGCUCUACUAUUGAUAAACUCGAUAAGUCACCAUGGGAAGAGGUGCGGACGGAAAUGAUCAGUGAGAAGGGCGUUACACCUGAAGCAGCUGAUCGCAUCGGCGAAUACGUCAGGCUGAACGGAAGUACGGAACUCGUGGAUACAUUGCUACAAGAUGAAAAACUAUCGAAGUCUAAAAGCGCUGUAGAGGGUUUACAAGGGAUAAAAUUGCUGUUAGAGUAUUGUGAACUCUACGGCAUUAAGGAUAAGGUGCUGUUCGAUCUGAGCCUCGCCAGAGGCUUGGAUUACUACACUGGCAUCAUAUAUGAAGCUGUACUGACCGAACCAAUCAAGAUCGGUGGUGAAGAGCAAAGUGUGGGCUCGAUAGCUGGCGGGGGCAGAUAUGAUAACCUCGUUGGGAUGUUUGACACCAAAAAUAAACAGGUUCCAUGUGUGGGUAUCAGUGUGGGUGUGGAGCGUGUGUUCUCAGUGCUGGAGGCUCGCCUGGCGGCCGGGGAGCUGAGCGUGCGCCCCUCGGAGGUGGAUGUGUAUGUAGCGUCCGCGCAGAAAGAUUUCCUCACCACGAGAAUGAGGAUAUGCAAUGAGUUGUGGGGCGCUGGCAUUAAGGCCGAGCAGCCGUACAAGAAGAAUCCAAAAAUGCUAAACCAAUUGCAACACUGCGAAGAGAAUGGUAUACCGCUGGCUGUGAUACUGGGGGAGUCGGAAUUAAAACGUGGAUUGGUCAAAAUAAGAAACAUAGCUACCAGACAGGAAGAUGAGGUGCCGAGAGAGAAGCUCGUUGAGGAACUCAAGAAUAGAAUAAGCAUGUUGAAUGUCAAUGUAAACGGACUCUAGAAAUUAUACACUAUGCAUUUGUAAAAAAUAUUUUUCAUGUCACACGUUGCUUAAUAACUUUUUUUUUUAAUUAAUUUGGCUCUAUAUUUUAAACCAAUUUCAAGCACAAACCAUACAUCCUUACUGAAUCUGUAUGCAAAUAUUUUUUUUUUUUUUGUUUUCUGUGUAAAGAAUUGCUGUUUUAAGAUAACUUCCUGUUUCAUUAAGAAAGCAUUUUAUUCAUUUAAGUUCUGUAAGUAUUUAUUUCAGUUGUUUUAUAUAAAAGUUAAAUACAGUUCUAAGAUAAUGUUACCUAUAAAAUUACUUUAGAUUAAUUCGAGGUUCAGGACGCGCGUUUAAAAAUAGUAUUUUUCAUAAAUAUUUUUUAUCUGUAAUAAAAGAAGUUAGAAUACUA